AAAGAGCUCAUAUUUAUUUCUGAAGUUCUGUUUACGUUCUUGGUUUGUUGUUAGACAUAGAAUUUUUUGCAAUAUGUUUAAUAACGAGGACAGAAUUUCGCGUGUUUUUGAAGGUCAUCAUGUCUUUGUUACUGGAGCAACUGGCUUUAUGGGCAAAGUAUUUCUCGAGCGACUCUUAAGAGCAACAGAGAUAGCAAAAGUUUACAUCCUAAUUAGACCAAAAAGAGGAAAGGCAUCAAAAGAAAGACUCGUUGAAAUUUUAGACAAUUUGCUGUUUAACACAUUACGACAAAGCAGAAAUUAUGUGGAACAUAUAAAAAAAAUAAAAAUAGUUGAUGGUGAUUGCUCGAUGGAAGAAUUAGGAAUGCAUGCUGAAAUUAGAAAGGAACUUAGUGAAAAAUUAACAAUGAUUUUUCAUUUUGCCGCGACGACAAGAUUUGAUGAGAAAUUGAAGUCGGCAAUAAACCUCAAUUUACGUGGAACAUUGGAGAUGAUUAAACUCACUCGUGAAUGUAAAAACAUAAAUUUAUUUUGUCACAUAUCUACAGCGUAUUGCCAUCUUCAUGAAUCAAAUUUACUUGAAAUAUCUUAUCCAUCAAAUGUGAAUCCACAUGAGUUAAUGAGCAUUGUUGAUCGAUUAACGGAAAGUGAAGCAGAACUCAUUAAAAAUGAAUAUUUGAACAAAUUCAUUCCAAACACUUAUGUGCUUACGAAAUCACUUGCUGAGGCAAUUGUUGUCGAAGCACUUGAAACUCAUAAAUUACCUGUUAUGAUCGUACGGCCGUCAAUAAUUACACCAACACUCUCCGAUCCACAACCUGGUUGGGUAAACGACUAUAAUGGACUUGGUGGACUUUUAAUAGGAAUUGGAACUGGUGUUCUUCGCAGUAUUCAUUGUAAUGAUAAGUAUCAUGGAGAUUUUAUACCGGUUGAUGUCGCGAUUCAUGGUAUCAUGAUGUGUACAUGGAAUUAUUUGGCGCUGAUGAAUCAAGAGAAAUAUAUCUUUAACUUCACAACAUCGAAUGAGAUUGUUAUGUCUUGGGGACAAAUUUUAUCAAAAGGUUUAGUCAUUUGUAUCGACAAAUAUCCAAUGAACAAAGCUGUUUGGUUUCCAAACCUCACAUUGACGAAGUAUCGAUGGCUCCACAAAACAAGAUGUCUAUUCUACCAUUGGAUACCAGCCGUUAUAAUUGAUUCUGUGCUCUUUUGUGUCAGAAUUAAACCAUUUCUAUGGCUUGUUCAAAAGAAAAUAUCAAGAGGAACUAAAACGAUUGAAAUAUUUGCAAACAACCAAUGGACUUUUGACAACUCGAAUGUCAUUCAAAUAAGAUCGAAGAUGAAUGAAUUUGAGCUGAUGAAGUAUAAAGUUUCUUCAGAUGGAAUAGAUAUUGAAAAAUAUAUGGAAGAUUGUCUUUUAGGUGGACAUAGAUUUUUAUUAAAAGACGGAAGCAAAUACGAAGAUUUCGAUAGUGGAAGAAGAACUAUGAGAAUUCUUUUUAUCGUUGACAGAUUAUUGAAGUUGAUAGUUCUUGGUGCUAUACUUUAUGGGUUAUUGUCUAUAAUUUUGUCAAUCUUUUCAUAACUUCAGUUUUCCUGAACAGUACCUAAUAAUUUCUAAUUUCUACCAACAAUUGAUUUUGGUUUUUCAUGCAUUGGAGAUGGCAUACUACUUGAUGAUGAUUGUUGUGAUGCAUAAGCUGAUCCUGUAUGUGAUCCCUGUGAACUUCCAGCUGAGAGAUCUGCAGCUCCUUGAGAACUGCCACCAGAUGACCCAAGUGAGGAAUUCAAUAUCAAAUUUGUGAUGCCACCAACAACUGAUGAAAUUAUAUUAGAUAGAAACUCAAAAAUAUAAUUUUUAUGGCUUGAUGGCUCAUUAGUUCCACGUUUCUGUUUAGACUGAUCGAAUCCUUUCAAAAAAUUCUCAAAGAAAAUUUUCGGCUUUGGUGGGGCAUCAUCUUCUUCUGGGUCCUUCAAAAAAUAUAUUUAAUUUAAUUUCGACAUGUUUAAUUAAGUAGAAAAUACGUGGAAGUUCCUUGAACAGUUUAAAAUUGUAAUUUUUUGUUUAUAGAUCAUUGAAAAAUCAAUUAUAAUAAUUGAGAAGAAAAGUUUAAUAUUUUGGAAUAAAGAAAUGUAAUUACCGCACUUAACUGAGCAAAUAAUGUUCCGACAAAGUUACCGAAAAAUGCUCCGUUGUUGUCCUUGAAAUCAACAAAACUGUAUUUAUUACUUUUUCAUAAAUAUUUCAUUAUUUUACUUACAGCACCGCCACCUUCAGAGAACCCUAAAAAUGGAAUUGACUUUAAAAAAAUUAUAAAUUCAAAAUAAAAUAUUCAACCUUCUACUGCAAUUCCGAGAUAUGUAGCUAGAACUUUUCCAAAGUUAUCAUCUCCACCCAGUAAUCCAGCUAGUAGCGAAGUGCCUGUGCUAAUCAAUGAUGGCACAUCUAAUCCACCUGGCUGCAAAAUUGCAUAAUUCAAGAUUAUUAAGACAGUUCACAGAGUUAUGAAAUUCAAAUUAUUUACACCAAACAAGCUAGUGACAACUCCAGAUAGUGCUCCGACUAAAGCGCCGACGUCUGACCCUAAAAUUCAAAGAUAUUAUAAAAUAUAAUAAAUUCAAUCAAACAGGUUUCAUGCUUGCCUUCUUCACCACCACUUAAACCAGCAAUUAAACCAGCGAGCCCACCUCCACCGAUCGGAGGAUCAAGUCCAUCACCAAAUUCUUCUUCUUCAUCAUUUUCACCUUCGACCUUUUCAUUAUCAUUUGGAAUGUCACCACCAAUGGUAUUGCCAGUUGCAUCAUUACCGUUCUGCCUACGAAAGCGAUAAAAACUUUCUAAGUUUCUUUGGUGAACUGGCCAAAUGGGCAUGCGAAUGUACAAAAGUGGCAAAUUAUAUGUCUCAUGUUCAAAAAUAUCUUUCGCAUGAGAAUCCAAUGACGAUGUAAUACUUGACGGUGUGGAACUGAUUUCCGACUUUUUCUUUGGCUGCUGCAUAUGAGUAAUUGUUUCGUGGACUGUCGCAUUCAUAGUUUUACGUAAAAAUAGUAGAUGAUUGUUAACAUCGUUUUGGGCUUGCUUCAUUAACUCCUUCUUAUCUCUUGGAAUAAUCUUUUGUGGCUGCGACAUGUCCGACUUUGAAAUAUCUUUGGAAACUUUAUUUAGGGCUUGUCGGUAGUCUUUAAUUAUCUUUGUAUCCAUUGCAACAUUCAUAGCUCUCGUGAGAAUUUCCAUUGCUUUUUUAUCUCGCUCAAUUGUAUCUUCAAUUUUUUGAAACUUUUCAAUCGCUUGACGCAUAUUUGAUCCUUGGAUGGUCUUAAUGAACUCGUGUAUUAAUAUUAAAAUAUUUGUUUCCAUUUUUCUCGCCGUUUUUGCUGUUCCCAUAAAUAUUCCCAUAGUAGCUGCACGUUUUAUGUUCUUUUGUAAAUUUGUCAUUAAAUCUUUUACAUUUGAAGCAUUUUGAAUUUUCUGUAAGAUCUCACUGACAUUAGGACUUGAAUUUUUCACUCUUGCACUAAAA